AUGGGUCUCAUUGCACUAGCCUGCAAACCAAAAAAGGAAAAUGCAGCAAUUGUCAAUCUUAUACAGAAAUUGGGAGGUAUUAUUAUAUGCAAAACAAAUACUCCUGCGGGAUUGCUGUUCACAGAAACCACUAAUAUGCUCUGGGGUAGAACGUUAAAUCCUUACAGUAGAAAGUACUUGAACGUUGGAGGUUCUUCAGGUGGUGAGGGUGCUAUUGCAGCUUUGAAAGGAUCAUGCUUUGGAAUUGGAUCAGAUAUUGGAGGAUCCGUUAAACAUCCUGCGGCAUUGAACAAUGCUUAUUCAAUCAAGCCAUCCGUCGGACGUAUACCAACAUAUGGCACACAAUCAGGCCAGCCUGGACAGGAGUCUAUAAAAACAGUGUAUGGAAUUCUUUCGCAUUACUUGGAUAACAUGACGUAUUCAUUUAAGGCUUUUAUAGAAGCGGAACCUUAUAAAGAUAUUGACGCUGGAUGUAUACCCUUAUCGUAUCGAAAAUACACAUUAGAGAAACAUCAACCACUGAACAUUGCUUUUCUCGAUCGGGAUGGACUUACAUCUGUUACACCGCCCCUUAUUCGAGGAUUAAAUAUUGUUAAAAGAAAACUAAAGGCUGCCGGCCAUAAUGUCUUUGAUUGGAAUGAUGCAUACUUCAAAAGUAUGACCGACUGCAUGUAUCCUAUGUAUGGAGCAAACGGGCUCACCACUUUGAAAGAACUACUUAAACAGUCGGGCGAACCAAUUGAUUCACGUAUGCAAAAAAGUAUUGCCAGUGCUAAGGUGAUGCCGGUUUCCAGACUUUGGAAUUAUCAAAUUCAAAGGACCAAAAUUGUGCAACAGUAUUUAAAUUACUGGAAUACGGGAUCUAGUAAUGGGAGAUUGGACGCUAUAAUUAUUCCAACAUCAGCCUUUCCGGCAUGCCUUUUGAACAAAGUUCCCCCUCAGCCGUACACAUCUAUGUGGAAUGCCCUAGAUUAUAGUGCCUCUACACUUCCAGUAACAAGAUGUAACGUGAAAAUUGAUAGGCCUGUGAAAAAAGAUUCAUAUUUAAGUGAUGUUGAUCGAGAUGUUCAUGAUACGUACAGAGAGAACUUGAUUAAAUUUGAAGGAGGACCAGUAAGCGUUCAAGUUGUUUGUAAUCGUCUAGAAGAAGAAAAAUGCCUCGCUAUCACGAAAUACAUAUCUUCUUUGCUUGAUUAA